GAAAAGCUUUUAUGCAGAAAGGCUCAGCAGUGACGAGUCAGUUUGGCAAGUGCUCUGCCAAGGGCUCUGCAGCUUCCUCACGAGGGGCAGCUCUGAUCCCUGCUCUCUGGGACAGUGUCAGGACCCCGGGGAACGGCUGGAGCUGUGUCGGGGGGGUUGGGAUGGAUAUUAGGAAAAGGAUGUUUUUCCCCAGAGUGCUCAGGCACUGAACAGGCUCCCCAGGCGAUGGUCACAACCCUGACCCUGCCAGAGCUCAAGGGGCGUUUGCACAACGCUGUCAGGCACAGCGUGGGAUUGUUGAGCUGUCCUGCUCAGGGCUUGGACUCGCCGAUCUUUGAGGGUCCCUUCCAGCUCAGGGUAUUGCAUGAUUCCGUGAGUCCAUGACUCCCGGUUCCGGGGGAUCUGAGCUGCUCCAGGCAGCGCUUUGCACCUGCCACGCGCGGAGCGGGUGCCCGGUGCCCCGGGGCGAGGCGGGGCCGGGGGCGGGCCGGGGCCGCCCCCGCUUCGGGCAGCCUUGAAAUAGCAGCGGCGGGUCCCAAGCCCGCACUGCCCCGCUCCCGGCACCAUGGGUGGCAAGAAGGUUUGCAUCGUGGGCUCUGGCAACUGGGGCUCGGCCAUCGCCAAGAUCGCCGGCAGCAACACAGCUCGGCUGAGCAGCUUCGAGAGCCAGGUGAACAUGUGGGUGCUGGAGGAGGAGGUGGGCGGCCGGCGGCUCACGGACAUCAUCAACACGGAGCACGAGAAUGUCAAGUACCUGCCGGGGCACAAGCUGCCCCCCAACGUGGUGGCAGAGCCAGACCUGCUCAAAGCCUGUGCAGGGGCUGAUGUCCUCCUGUUCGUGGUGCCCCACCAGUUCAUCGGCAAAGUCUGUGACCAGCUCAAGGGCCACGUGAAGAAAGAGGCCAUUGGGAUGUCACUCAUCAAGGGCGUGGAUGAAGGACCAGAUGGGCUGAGACUGAUCUCAGACAUCAUCCAUGAGAAACUGGGAAUAGAAAUGAACGUGCUUAUGGGGGCCAAUAUUGCCAGUGAAGUGGCAGAAGAGAAGUUCUGUGAAACCACCAUCGGCUGCAAGAACAUGAAGCACGGGCAGAUGCUGAAGGACCUGAUGCAGACCCCCAACUUCCGUGUGUCGGUGGUGCAGGAAGCUGACACUGUAGAGAUCUGUGGGGCUCUCAAGAACGUGGUGGCUGUAGGAGCUGGUUUCUGUGAUGGGCUUGGCUACGGUGACAACACAAAGGCUGCCGUGAUCCGCCUGGGCCUGAUGGAGAUGAUUGGCUUUGCCAAGCUCUUCUGUAAGGGCCCUGUCACCUCCUCCACCUUCCUGGAGAGCUGCGGCGUGGCCGACCUCAUCACCACCUGCUAUGGGGGCCGCAACCGCAAGGUCGCCGAGGCUUUUGCCAAAACUGGCAAGUCCAUCGAGCAGCUGGAGAAGGAGAUGCUGAAUGGGCAGAAGCUGCAGGGUCCCCAGACAUCUGCUGAGCUGCAUCGAAUCCUCAAGAGCAAGAAUGCAGUGGAGAAGUUCCCCCUCUUCACUGCUGUGUAUCGGAUCUGCUACGAGGGCAAACCUGUCACUGACUUCAUUGCGUGUCUCCAGAACCACCCCGAGCACAUGUAAGGGGCUCUGCCUGCAGAGCACAGGUCCUGCUGGGAUGUGCUGAGAGCUCCUGCCCACACCGACCUGAUCUGCUGCCACAGCCUCAGAAGGAGUCCGGGUCUCCUGGGAGCCUUUGCUGACUGCUGGAAGAGCAGAGGUUCCCUUCCCCAGCCCCAGACACUGCCCUGAACACUGAGCCUGGCACAGAGGUACCUGCUGACCUCUUCCUCUCUUUGAAGAGCUCGUUUAAUUGCUGCUGCUAAGGUUUGCCCUGAGCAGGGCUGAGCAUCUUCAUCCUUCACUUCCUCACAGUGAAUUCAGCUCUGGGAAGGACUCUGCCGGGCCAUCAUGACAGAUGAGGGCUGGGCACUGCCUGCCAGGGAAAACAGUGUCCCAAGUCCUCCCUCUUAGCCCCAUGGGCCACUCUGGGUGACACCAGCUCUUCCCUACCUGCUGCUGCUUUUGCAUUCCCUGUCUGGUGGAGAGAGCACAGUCCCCUGCCAGGCUCCACCUGGUGAGUGGAGCUCUCAGGACUUCCAAAGGCACCGAGGAUCUUUGUAAGGAGCACCAGCACAGCCAAUGGCAUUCCUUGCCACCCAGCCAUGUGCUGCUUUCCCCCAGCUGCUCCUGCUGACCCAGGGACCCUCUGGAGCUUGUUUGUUUAGAGCUUUUGCUCUCUCCAUCAGACUUGGCCCCAGCUCUGGGGAGCUCCCCUGUUGUCACAGGCUUGCCUAUGCUAAUUCCAUGCCUGCUGACUUCUCUCCCUUGUCUCAGUUUGACAUCUGGGGCUUGGCACUUCCAGGGACCAACUGCCCCUGAGUCUGUGUGAGCAGCUGGUGUGACCCCUGCCUUGUACCCUCACAUCAGGCAGGUGGCUCAGCACCAGGCACCUGAGUCAUGUUGAUGUUCAGUAAUUCCUCCACAGCCACACUUUGCCUUCCUCUGGCUCGCUUCAGCCCGUGCUUUAGACUGCUCUGUGCUUCCAUGUGUGGCUGUCAGGAGCUGAGGAAGGAGGUCUCACACUCCCUCAUGUGGAGAUGCUGCAAGCUGCCCUCUGGCACAGGGGCAGGAAUAGGCAUGUGAUCCACAAGAGGUACAUGGACAUGUCCAACAUCCCAGGACAGGACAGAGGUCUUGGGCCUCACACUGAGCCUGUGAAAUUUGCCCCUUGUCCAGACUGGUGCCACAUGUCCCUCUGCUCCUCUGCAGCUGGUGGUGUUUGCUCAGGCCAGAGUGCCCAGCAGUCACUGAUCCUGCCUGGGCUGGAAUGCUGCAGGGCUCCCUGCUCUCCCCCAUUCAAGUCCCAGAGCCAAGGGGUCUCUGACUAGCGGUGUUCCUUUAAAAUCACAAUAAACAUGGAGAGGAGGUGGGA